GAACGGCGACGCCCAUCAAUGGACGGCAUCCAAGACUGGACGGAGAAGGGGAUCAAGGAGGAGGAAGAGCCCGGCCUGCGGAGGCGGGGGCGGACAGCGCGGGCGCAGUCUCCUUCGGCUGAUCAUGGGCCCCUCAAAUUCUUCGGCGCAAGGUCGAGGUCGUCGUCUCCUCUGCCUGGCGCCGGGUCGAGGCCCGUCCCCCACUCGGUGCGGACGCGAAGGUCCGCAUCCGCAAGGGUGACGGUUGUCCCUGCGGCUGCAGAUGGUGCCGGUUCUGGCGGCGCAGGUGGUUCUGGAGGAUCCUUCGACUGGGACCUCGGUGCUAUGGAGGAGACCGUCUCCUCGAUGAGAGAUCAGAGAGCGAGGCCGAGGUUGGUCCCUCCACCGGAUACCAGCACGAGUUCCGCUUCCAUCACAGGAGGUCGAGCACAGGAGGUGGCGGUGGAACGGGAGUUCUCCUUCCCUCCGCUCGAGGCGCCGCCGAAAGUUGUCGACGCGGCGGAGGUUCUUGGCCAGUUCGCCGCCCAGUUCUUGGAGGCGACGAUGGGCGCCACCGCCGGCCCCAGGACGGAGAAGAUCAAGAAGGAGCUCCUUCUCGACCGGAAGGUCGUCGACCUGGUGGGGCUAGAGAGGUGGCUACGAAAGAUGGAGGCGGUCGCCGAGCUCGCCUGGUUCACGGACCUGUGCUCCCACGAGGAGAAAGAGGUGCCCCCGCUCGAGCUCUUCGAGUGCGCAUUCCGGGCUCUGGAGGCCGCCCGAUCCGAUGAACUCCACCGUUGCAGCGCCGAUGCCAGGAGGUUAUGGAUUGGUCCAGUGGCCGUGCCGAAGUUCUUCUUGAGCCCUUUCUCCAAGAAGUUCAUGGAGAAACCAGUCGUCAUCACCUCUGGAAAGACCGUUGAUCAGUCUGAACUGGAGAAAUGGUGGAAGAAAAACAAACGCAUGUGUCCAGUUACCGGCGAGGUCCUCACGCACAGCAUCUUCAUCCCUGAUGUGCUCAUUGCGCUGUGCAUUUCGCGUUGGCGUGCCGCAAACAGGAUCAGUGAGCUGACAGCACCUACCGCGUUACCACCUGCAGCUAUCUCUCCUGAGGAGGAAGCCCUGUUCAAGGAAGUCACCCUCUUGGCCAACUCCCCCAUGAGCUCUAAACAAGAUUACGAAGCUCUCCUGCGCCUUCUCGCUGACCAGCAGCAGUGCUCAUUCCUGCAUCUGCUGGGGCGCAGCCCAGGGACAAUAACGAAGCUGGCCUGCGUCCUGCCGGAGACAUGCCUGGAGCCUCACCCUGAGCUGGACGACGUUGUCCUGGAAAUCCUUGCCAUGGCAGCUUCCUACAGCCCCAACAAGGAGGUUUUCGGAGACGACCGGUACGCUAUACCCGUGCUGAUCGCGAGGGCAUUGCUGGGGCCAGUGCCCACGAGGGCCAAGUGCGCUCGGAUCCUUGGGCUGCUGGCUGACAACUACUACAACAAGAUCAAGAUUGGUGAGCUUGGAGGCUUUGCUCCACUCAUGGAGCUGCUGCUGGUAGGAGACGUUGAUGUGAAGAAGACGGUGGCGGUGGCGCUCGCCAGCCUGUGCGAGGCCCACGAGAACUGGAGCAGAUUUGUGCGGGAGGGGGUGGCAGAUGCCGCCAUAUCUCUGCUGCGGAACCACAGGCUGGUUGACGAGGCUCACAGGAUCUUGUUGCAGGCCGAGGGCUUCCAACUGGCCAUGCAGGAGAUCAUCGACAAGUUGGAGUCGUUUCGCGGCCACGUCGAUGGCGACGGCGACGAGAUGUGCAAGGAGAUGGUUGAUCGGCUCUGGCGAAGCUUCAUCGGAUCUAGUCCAGCUGGUCGAAGAAGACGACCUGACAACUUCCCUCCCGAGGCGUCAUCGUCAUCGUCAUCAUCCUCAGAGGAAGAUGUUGAGGCUAUCGUUUCAUGGCUGCAGAGGAAGUCGUGCAACCCCCGGACAUACAGGUGCAGAGACUAUCACUGAUCCAUCCAUUCGUGUAAAGAAGCAAUCAACAGGCUAAAAGCAGCAGUAGCUGAUCAUUCUGAACAUAUAUGUACCCCAGACAGGCGGUGAUUGUAAACCUGUGGAUGACAAGGUAUUGUGGAACAUACGGAUGACAGUGUUAGGAAGAAUUCCAUGAGUUGUAGUUAAAGGCCUCAAUGGAAUAAUUCCUGGUACAGAGCUGCUCAGUAUCA